CCUGUUGGUGUCUGACAUACAGAAAAGACAGCUGGAAACUACAGCUCUGCCAUCAAGCUUGUCUGAGUUUCUCUACUUUUUCCCCUCCCAUAACUUUAGAAGCUUUGUUUUAUAUAUAGUCUCUGUGCAGCAUUAAAGAGGCUCAACCUGUUGGUUAAUGAGUACUGUCCAGACCUUCUGGGACAUCUCUCUUAAAGGGCAGCAUCCUUUUUGACUUUGUCAGUUCUGUCACUGCAAGUCAGUGUUCAUGUAUGGAACAUGUGAUUCAAGCUGUUCUGGCUCUGGAAAUGCAGCAGUAAAAAAGAGCCUCUUGUACCACAAGUGGUAGAUUUUAUUACUUUUUGGGAAACGGAAACCUAUUUUCUCUGAGUGUAUUUCUAGACACUGGGAGUUUUCAACAAUCAAGAUAUUGUUUUAAUGAAAUCUGGAAACAUGAGGUUGAAAGAGAUCUCCUUAAGGCAAGACCCUGAUCUGAGAAAGGAAUUGGCAUUAUUGGCCCGUGGAUGUGAUUUUGUGUUGCCAUCAAGAUUUAAAAAAAGGCUUAAGGCUUUUCAACAAAUCCAGGUCCAUCCAAAGAAGGAAGAGCCAUUGACACCUGCUUCAAGCCAAAACAUUCCAAAAUUUUACUUUCCUAAGGGAUGCCCAAAAGCAAAUUUUAAUAUUGAUGGCAUCAUUGCAAGGAUAGAGAAGACUUUUUCUGGCUUUCCUCUUGAAAGAGCAACUUUGGAAGAUAUGGGGAAAGUAGCUAAGGCUUGUGAAUGCCCACUGUAUUGGAAAGCACCAUUGUUUUAUGCAGCUGGUGGAGAUCGUACCGGAUACAUUUCUGUUCAUAAGUUCAUAGCCAUGUGGAGAAAGAUCUUGCAGACUUGCCAUGAUGAUUCAGCAAAAUUCAUGCAGCUUCUUGCAAAACCCGGAUGUAAUUAUUUGGAACAGGAAGACUUCAUUCCAUUUUUACAAGAUGUAGUGAACACUCAUCCACAUUUGACAUUUUUGAGAGAAGCUUCAGAAUUUCAUUCCCGCUACAUUACCACAGUAGUCCAAAGGAUUUUCUAUCAAGUGAAUAGGUCAUGGUCUGGACGUAUCACAUGUUCAGAGCUCAGGAAAAGUAAUUUUUUACAGCAUGUUGCAUUACUGGAGGAGGAAGAUAUAAAUCAAUCUUCAGAUUACUUUUCUUAUGAACACUUUUAUGUUAUCUACUGUAAAUUCUGGGAGCUUGACACUGAUCAUGACUUGUACAUCGAUGAAAACGAUCUUGCCAAGCACAAUGAUAAUGCAAUAUCAAGUCAUGUUAUUCAAAGAAUAUUCUCAGGCGCAGUAACACGAAGCCGAAAAAUUCAUAAAGAAGGAAAAAUUAGUUAUGCCGAUUUUGUUUGGUUUCUGUUAUCUGAAGAGGAUAAGAAGACACAUGCAAGCAUAGAAUACUGGUUUCGCUGCAUGGAUUUGGAUGGAGAUGGUGUAUUGUCUAUGUAUGAGCUGGAAUACUUCUAUGAAGAACAGUGUCAGAAAAUGGAAAGCUUGGCCAUUGAGCCCUUGCCUUUUGAGGAUUGUCUUUGUCAGAUGUUGGAUUUGGUAAAGCCACAAACUGAAGGCAAAAUUACUCUCCAUGACUUAAAGAAAUGCAAGCAAGCAAAUAUUUUCUUUGACACCUUCCUUAAUUUGGAAAAAUACCUUGACCAAGAGCAGAAAGAUCCCUUCUCUGUAUUGAGGGUUGGAGAAAAUGAAGGGCAAGAGCUGUCUGACUGGGAGAAGUAUGCUGCUGAAGAAUAUGCCGUCUUGGUAGCAGAGGAAGCAGCAAAUGAACAGUGGAAUGAUGGGCUUUUUUACUGGUGUCCUGUGUGGCCUGUCUGUUCCGACUUCCAGCCUACCUUGCCCUGAUACUAUGUUCCCCAGCUCCAGUGGCGACAACUAAGGAUGACCAGCAUGGGUACAGCCCCAUCCUCCUUCCCAUCCCCUCCAGAGGCAGGCUUGGCACCCAUGCAGGCCGCUUCUGCUCCUUUCCCACCACUUCCUGUAGACCAUCAUAUGCCUCUUAAUGUCCCGUGUGUCUCCAAACUCACCUUUGCUUUACCUCCCGUGCUUAUCAAGGAUGCAGAUCCUGCUCCCUACAUGACCUUUGGCAUACCCCUGGAAGUCCCACCAUUGGCAUCCUAUUGGUGAUCUCCUUUAUUUUGUGACCACACAUAACAUUAUUUCAUUAUUUUUGACAAUACUUAAACUAACCAAAAUUCCAGAAUCUGGACAUAAAUAAAUAAAAGCACCAGACAUUUCUGAACAUUUAUUUCAAGUUUCUAGAAAUUAGGUUUGAUUCACAUUGAAUAGCCUUUUUAUCCCCAUUUCCCUCAGCUUAAAACCAAAAGCAAAAAUCAGCACCGGACAUUUCUGAACAUUUAUUUCCAGUUCCUAGAAUUUAGGUUUGUUUCACAUUGAUAGUCUAUUCAGCCCUAUGCCCUUCAGCUUAAAACCAAAAAUCAGCAGCAGACACCUCCCAAAUUCUAAAUACCACCAUGACAAUUUGGCUAUAUGAAAGAAUGAUGUGUACCAUACAAAAAGAAAGCAAGAAUGAGCAAAUUAGCUAGGUGCCAACGUGCAAUGGCAUUGCGGAAAAUAUUGUUUAGUUGAAGGUUACAUUCCAUGCUUUUGGUCCAGUUCCCAGUACUGCCUUGUGAAACCUGCAUAGAAUGAACUGCUACUCAGUAAGUCAUUCUACAUGUAUCACUUAUGUACCUAUUACUUUCCCAUUCCUCUCGCUUCUACCUUCCUCUAAUCAUGACUGUCACUAACUCUAACUCUUCUUUUAUCUACCGUCCCUGUGCUAAUUAUAAAUAUGCUAAAUAAGUGCUCUAUAUGUGAGGAAAAGCAACACAAUUCUAAAGCUGCUUUCGGAUUUAGGUAGAAGAACAGAAUCAAGUGCCAUCUUUUAAAAACAUUUUCAUUACUGUUGUAGGUAUGACGGAGAGCUGAAUAUUUUGGAUAUUCCAGUGGCAAAUAAGGAUAAAUGUUCAGCUGAUAAAAGGUCUUUCUUUGAGUUGCCAUCUCAUUCAUCAGAAGUCGACCUGGAAGAAUAUGAGUAUGAA